AUGAAGCUUACCGGAGCUGUCUUGGCCAGCCUUGUCGGCUGCGUCGCUGCCCUGCCCCCGGCGCCUUUCUUCAACGGCCCUCCUCCUCCCUCUGGCUCCGUGGCUCCCGCUCCUGAGGAAUCUUCUUUCCCUCCUCCGCCUCCUCCCAGCUCCGUCUCCGGUGCUCCUCCCUCCGCGACCCCCGAGCCCUACGAGAAGCGCCAGUUUGGUGGCCCGUUUGGUGGCCCCCAGCCUUCCGGUCCCCCCGCUGGUCCCUCCGGUUCUUUCGGCCCCGCCCCCUCCGGCUCCUCUGAAGGGUUUGGUAGACGUCAGUUCGAUGGCUUUGGCGGCUUCGGUGGUCCCUUCGACUCUGCUCCUUCCGCUACUCCCUCCGCCUUCCCCGGAUCCGGCUUCGGCUUCGAGGAGCGUCAGUUCCCCGGUCCCGUUGAGUCCGCCCCCGCUGGGCCCCCUCCCUCCGGCACUCCUUCUCCCGUCCCAUUCGGUGGCUUCGGUGGCUUCGACAAGCGUCAGUUCGGUGGUGUCGUCCAGUCUGCCCCCGCGGGCGCUCCCUCUGGUGCCCCCGGCCCUGCCCCCUCUGAGGGCCCCGGAGGAUUCGGUGGCUUCGGAGGCUUCAAGCGCCAGUUCGGAUCUCCUGCAGAGGGACACGAACAGGGCCCUGAUGGCCAGGCUCCCCCCUUCCCCAGUGGCGCCCCUUCCUUCGCUCCUUCCCCGGUCCCUACCCCGUCGGGUGCCAUUGAGGAGCGCCAGUUCGGUGGAUUCCCCACCCCGAGUCCUGUCCCCAGCGGCCCCGCUGGUGGCUGGUAA